AACACGUGGUUCAAGAUGUUUGCUCAAAGAUACCAGUGGUCCAUCGGGGUUCACGAGGACGUGAAACGGGAGUUCACCGCAAAGGCGAAGAAGCGGUUGUUGGACACCGUAGGCAACUGGAAGGAGGACUGGAUCUACAAGGGUUACAAGGACGGGCAACCCGCUGAGCUGACCAAGGAUGUCUACGAUGGUCUCAUCCGUUACUGGGAGCUGCCAUCAUCCAUUGCGAUCUCCAACGCCUGCUCCGCCUCUCGUAACACCAAAGACGAGCACGGCAACGGCCCGAUGCUUCACUGUACGGGUCAAAAACCCCAUGCCCGUGUCCGCUUGGAAAUGGCCAAAGAGACGGGACAACUCCCGUCUCUUAAAGAGCUUUACGAGAGGACCCACAAGACCAAGGCGGGGGUAUUUGUGGAUCCGAGGUCCGAGCAAAUCUACAACGAUGUCGUUGCUCGGAUUGAAGACCGCCAAACUCAGCUGACCCAGCAAUCUCCCGAUGGAAUACCGGUCGUAUUAUCCACUCAAGAAGUGGAUCAGAUUUACGAGGAGGUCGUCCCUAAGAAAAAGGGACGUACGUUGGGAAUCGGUUCCGUCAACGAUGUCCCAAGAGCGACAUCGUCUUAUGGUCAGAGACGAGCCGACGAAGUCACUGAGCUGCGUUCGGAGUUACACUCGACGCGGACUCAGUUGGCGUCGACGCAGACGGAGUUGGAGUCUACGCGCCAAUCAUUCCAAGCUCGUAUGGGUGGAGUGGAGGGGUUUCUGGAAGUUAUAUCUUCUGGAAAUCCCCAAUGGGAGGAGUUGUUGGCGGAUAUGCGACGACGGAACCCGGUUCCCGAGCCUUCUCGUACUCAGCAGCAAGAGGAGGAACUACAGAGGAGGAGUGAAGACCUCUACCGGGAAACGAUCCACCGCCCCGGCCCGACUUAGUUUUUUUUUUUCUGUGUAAUAUUAAAAUUCUAAACUUUUAUUUAUAUAAUAUUUUCGGUUUUAAUUUAUUCCAAAUUUUUAAUAUUUUCGCAUUAGUAAUUAUUUAUAUUUCUAAUAUUUUUGAAAUAAUUAUUUUCUAUAAUAUUAAAAUUUAAAUUAAAAAAAUAAAUUAGUUUUAAAAAUCGAAGCAAAUUCCUCGUUAACUCACGAGGAAUUGACGAGUAAGUGGACGUGUAAAGAACGACGAAAUCUUACGACGAAUCUACGUGUCAAAUUCUACGUUCCCUUUACGACGAAAGUUUACGUCUACAUUACGUGUAUUAUUUACGUUUACUUUACGAGUAUUAUUUACGUUUUUCUUACGAGGAUAGUUUACGUGUAUGUUACGAGGAAAUAUUACGUGUCUUUUACGUGGAACUAUAGCGUCCACUUUACGUGGAAAUCUACGUGUUCUUUACGACGAAAUAUUAACCUUCCUUUUACGACGAAAUGGGUCCCUCGUACUUUUACGACGAAAUGGCGAUUAAAUAUCCGUUACGACCAAACUUUAAC